ACACGGCACAUUUGUACAACCUUUCAGUAUGUUUUAUAGUUGUAAAUUGCGAGAAAAAUAGACAAGAAGCGUUAUGAAACUACACAAUUUCAGUAUGUAAGGAGAAUUAUAAGAUCAUGACUGGCCGCGGAAGAGGCAGAGGAGCUCUCGCGAGAUGGGAAGCGGCUAAAACAAGCGGAGAGAGUACCUCGCGAGUCGGGUCCUCUGUCUUCGCAAUCUCGAAAGCCGAGAAUUGGGAAGAACAUGAGGUUAAAAAAUCACCAGGCGGCUCAGCUAGAGGUGAUACGCUCGCUAGAGUCACGAAUAUUAUCGACGUGGGACACUUCUGGGCGCAGACAGGUAGUGCUGAUCAACUGAAACAGUUUGAUACCUAUAUGGUGGCCUUGAAUUCAUGGUGCAGUGAACAACAAAUGUCAAGUGUUCAACAAGUUCCUGUGUAUGGCCAAUCAGUGUGUGUCAGACACACACACACUGGUCAGUGGAGAAGAGCACAGGUUACUAGGCUCAGUGACAGCAUGGUAGAUGUAUUUUACUUGGAUUAUGGACAGCCAGAGUGUGUUACAUUGGACAGACUUUGUAAUUCCACUCCUGGUGACAUUGCCUCUCGCCCAGCAUUGGCACGAUACAUUACACUGGAAGGUGUCAAACCUAUUGGUGAGAGAUGGUCAGAGGAGGCUAAUAACAGAUUCAGUGAGCUUGUUUCUAGCAAACUUGCAAUUCAUUUUUCAGACACCUUUAGAGGAAAACUUUAUCUAAGAAAUAGCAUUGGACACGAAGUUUCAGUGGGUGAUAUGCUUAUCUCUGAAGGCUUUGCCCAGAGUUCUGACAGUGAUGUUGGUAGAGGACCAUGGACACAGGAGAACACAAGAGCAUUGAAUUCUGAACAGCAAAAGAGGUUAUAUCAACAAUGGAACUCACUAAUGUUUCAACCAUCAGCAUCACAACAGCCAUCUUCAAAAACAAGUGAUCACUUCAGUGCUGAAAGAAACACACUGACUAGCUCACCCUUCUCAAAAGAGCCAUUUAAUUCCAAUGCUAUUACAUUCAGGAAAAUGCUUAGUCCUCCACAAAUGUAUGACAGUGAAUCAAAGCAAGAUAUGAGUGGGAUUUCCUUGAAUGACAUACCUCUGCCUCCCAAGCCAGACUUUCUUAUGCAGAACAAGGAAAGUAACAAUCUUGAGACUUUUAAUAUCAAGAGAACUGACCCAGAUCCAGUUCAAUCGCUGCGUUCUGGAAGGCCUCAUCUGGCUAGUCCAAGCGAGUUCUUCAGUCAGUCUAGGCCAGGACAAGAUUCAGGACUUUCAAAUGCCAACUCAACAUCUUCAAAGACUGAAUCACCUCCAAAGUACCAACCACCACAUGUAAGAAAUACACAAGCAAUGAUGAAUGAAACAGCUGCCAUGAACACAGAACUCAAGCUAGAGAACUUCACAUUAGCACCAAAAGGCAGCAUACCACAACACAAGCAAUGGUCUCCUUUCUCCAAUUUUUCUUUCAGUCCAAAACAAGGAAGAAAAAAUAUUGCUGCACAGUUUCAAUCAAAUGCUGUAGAUUUAGGAGACGCUCCACCAAUUGAACACCCACAACAACAACAUAACAUUCAACCUUGGCAAAAACCUGAAUUUCUCAAAACACAGCCUCUGAAUGAAAACACAAAGGACAAAACAUUAAAAGCAGAGCUGGAGUGGAAAAUCUGGAAGUUGCAACGAACUGUGAAGAAAGUUAUUGAUCGCAUGGCAGUGGAUGAUGCAGGGGACUACUCGCAUGAGCUUGACCAAAUUAUUGCCAAUAGCAGACUAUCUCAGGAGUUUCAAGGAAUUUCAGAAGUGUCCAUUGUUUUAAAACUGUUACUGGACAAGGUGUUGGAGAAAAGCAAGUUUGACAGUGUGGCUGUGAGAGUGUGCACAAUAUUUAGAGACCUGGGCAUCUUUGAGCUGAGUGAUCUUAUCAAUAAAGUCAUUACUGAGUGUCAAGGGGAAUUAAUGGAGCAAUGUUGUGCAACUGACAGCCGUCAGAGAUGUCACAGAUUCUCAGCGUUUCUUGGGAAACUUUAUUUGGAAGUACUAAAUGAAACAGAUUCCACUGGGUUAAAGUCAUCAGUGGAUGGUAUUGUUGCACACAGUUUACACAACUGGCUGUCAUUUGAUCAGGAUGACUCGGUUGAAAUUCAUAUCCUUAAUUCUGUCUGUCUGACUGGCUUUUUUAAAGUUACUGGACCAACAAUAGACCAAACAGAUGGGAAUGAGAUUUCCAGAUACUUUGCGACGAUCAGGGACCUUGUGCUGUCGCAAGAUCUAGCUCUACCAGUUAAGAGCACUUUGCUAGACAUUCUAUUGUUAAGAGCAUCAGGCUGGAAGGUCGAAGACAACACGGACGAGCAGGAGACUGGAAGCUUGUCCACUGAGGAUGAAGUGUUUAUUGAAGCAGAGGAUGAUGCCACAGAGGUGCAGCCACAAGAGGAGACUGGAGACCAGGAUGACAGUGAAGAAUGGGAUCCUUAUCGCAGAGUCAAGUCAAUGUUAAGGAAUCUCAAAUUGCAAGAUUUGCUACAAAAGUUCUUCGACAACUGCAUUCGAGACUCUAUUCUGACUGCAGAUUGGGAAGAGCUGAAGAGAACUCUUCAGGAAGCUCAGUUUCCUCCGGGUGUCAUUUUGGAAAUCAGAAUGUAUUUAGACAAAGGUCUGUUAGAAAAAGAUGUGCAAAAGCGUUCAGAACCUACCAAAGGCAAGAACACUGCACCAUCCGCCACCAUAACACAAGAACUGAAGAGCGCUUCAAAGUCUCCCUCUCCAACCAAAGCCAUUGAGCAUGGUAUUGAAAUCAAUGAACUGAACCAGGAGCUUCAACAGCUCAUGAUCGGCAACAACCAAGACAAAGGAGGACAAACAAAAAAAAUCAGCCCCCAGAGAGAACUAGCGGGACACGAUGGAACGCCAUACAGUAGGGGCGGAUCCCGUAAGUUUGUCAGCAGAGCUGAGAGGAGGCGGUCAACAGACAGCCCUCAGGAGGAGGUGACCCAUUCGAUAACGGACCAAGCGGAUGAUUUGUUGGAGAAAAGGCCUCGAUCUCCACCGCCUCCUGUCGAGCCCGUCAACUCACGCACCUCUGUAGAAACAAGCCCAGAAGAUAAGACUGUAACUUCAAUGUCGUAUAGUGCUGUGCUUAAGAGCGCAUCGCAGGAUGCACCUAAAAGCGGACCUGCCAGUGCCAAACCAAAUCCGUCCAAAACGUUUUCACGGCCUCCACCCGGAUUUCCUCCUCUCCCUACUCAUGGAGGGGACACAAAGAUGACCAUGACAGUGCUGGGCAACAAGACGAAGACAAAACCCCCUGGGCCACCGAGUAAUACCCCACGAAACACCUCAACACAACCUAGCGGUGCCCCAUGGAACACCCCAACACAACCUAGCAGUACCCCAUGGAACACCCCAACACAGCCUAGCAGGACUCCAUGGAACACCCCAGUACAAACUAGCAGUACCCCACGUAACACCCCAACACAACCUAGCAGUACCUCACGGAACACCCCAUCACGAGCCGACUCCUCCACGAACUGGCGGAACGAUUGCCGGGAAGAACAAUUUUCGCAAGGUUUUGCGAGGCCCGCAAAUUCAUCCCAGCCGGGGCAGGCGAGGAAUUGGAGACGGUUUGAUAAUACCGAAGGCCAGAGUAAAUCCCCUCCCAAAUCUGGAGGCCUUAACGAGGCGACUAGCAGGGAAACGCCGGUCGGGGUUAUGAGCUCUCCAAAUAGUGAGGAAUCGCCAGAACCCCCACCGGUUGUACACGCGCACCGGGCAUUCGGCCCUGGGGGAUUGAAGGCGUGUGUUAUAUGCGGUAGUAAGGAUCAUCUACGGUGCAACGACCGCAGAAAAAUGUUUAUGGACUAAAGGGCAGAACUAACUCGAUUCAAGUUGAUAUCGCGAAAAUGUUCUGCAUUUGAUCCAAGGAAACAAGGAAAGAGUUCGACGCGUUGAGUACUAACAUCUUGCGCAGUACUAGUUUGUGUUUCUGUUUCAGAGAAAAAAAGCAACCGAAACUAUUCGGGAACCUCAACUGAGCACAUGCCGAACAUAGCACAUGCGUGUUGUGGCUGAAAACUCGUGCUGUUUACUGAAGACAGGCACCAGCAGAAGUUUAUCAGUUAACACCAAGCUGAGGUCGUUGGAUAUUAUUUCUUGCCUGGCGAUGCCAUUCCAUUCACUCAGUUACCGUUGCCGACAGUUCAAAUCGAGUCCUGUACAUUAGUGUUUUUUUCUGGGGAGGUGGC